GCGGUUCAGUCAGUCGCUCAAGCCGGCUAUUGCAGUGCACAUCUCCGCGUUUAUUUUUGUAGUGUUAAGUUUUCUACGGAUUCAGUGUUCGGACAUACAGUCAGUAUUGUGAUGCCGGGAAGUAUUUUCUGUGGGAUGGACAGAGGCAUCGGGUUCGAGGACCAGCGCGCCCUCCAGCUCGCGCUCGAACUCUCCAUGUUGGGUGCCAACGGGUUCAGCGACGGGGGGGCUACGCCCGCGGCUCCGGUCCCGGAGGCUGAGUCCCCGGUACUCCCUACGGCCUUUAUCGUGCCCGAGGAGGGUCGCAAUAAGAAGUCGCAGAACAUGACGGAAUGUGUACCGGUUCCCAGUUCAGAGCAUGUGGCAGAGAUCGUCGGCAGACAAGGAUGCAAGAUCAAGGCGCUCAGGGCAAAGACCAACACCUACAUCAAGACUCCGGUACGAGGGGAGGAACCCGUCUUUGUAGUCACCGGACGGAAGGAGGAUGUCGCCAAGGCUAAGAGGGAGAUUCUGUCCGCGGCGGAACACUUCAGCCAGAUCAGAGCCUCCAGGAAGAACAACUUGUCCGGCACCGGGUCACUGUCACCACCGGGUCCUCCCGCCAACGUCCCUGGCCACAUCACCAUCCAGGUCCGUGUGCCCUACAGAGUCGUGGGGCUCGUCGUGGGUCCCAAGGGGGCGACCAUCAAGCGCAUCCAGCACCAGACUCACACCUACAUCGUGACACCGUCCCGAGACAAGGAGCCGGUGUUCGACGUGACAGGUCUGCCGGAGAGUGUGGAGGCGGCCAAGAGGGAGAUAGAGGCGCACAUCGCCGUGAGGACGGGGACGGGAACCAUGACUGACUCCUUGUUCUCGGACUCCUUCCUGACGCCUGACGCCGGUACCCUGCUCAAUUCCGUGUACAAGAACGGAUUCAACAGCCUGUUCAACUACGUCGACAACAUGUCCUCCGACAACAUGGUGUUCCCGUCCACUCUGAGCGGGAGCUCCGGCUGCAGUUCGGCCUCCUCCAGCUCCUCCGGCUCGGCCACCACGGGGCUGGACUUGGGCUCCAUCUGGGGGACGUCACUGGACAGAGACGAGGGCCUGGGAGAUUCUCCCUCCUUCGAGACCGCCACCGCUUCCUCCAGCAUCUGGUCGUUCUCCGCACGACCCUCCCCGCCCCACUCCACUUCUCCUACCGAGAGCCUAGGCAAGCGCGACUGUCACGUCUGUGGUGACAGGGAGGUGACCGCCGCCCUGGUGCCCUGUGGACACAACCUGUUCUGUCUCGAGUGCGCGACUCGCUUGUGUGCCGGCUCGGACCCCACAUGCCCCGUCUGUCACCAGACUGUCCUUCAGGCCAUCCGCAUCUUCUCCUAAAUGUACAACGAAACAGAGUAAAUUAUAUGUAUAUUUUUAUGUUAUCUUUUAUGUUAAUGUUUUCAGUUGUUUUUAUAUUUAGUGUACGAAUUUUUUCUCGAUCGUUUUCCUAUUUUUGUAAUGAUUUUGAUCUCUGUUUCUAUACGGUAGUUUGCAGUACCUCCCAGUGUUUAUCGCUCGACGCGGGGCCGGGGACGCGGAACUCCGGCCACCCCGCCCCGUCGAGCCCUGACCGGUCCCGGCGGGCCACAUCAAAGACACACACGGUGCUUAAGUCUAUGUGUAACCACGUCAAGAGGCUGAUACAGUAAUAAUACUAGAAGACUCGCUACACCGCGGUGACUAGUGGGGGACGGUUCCUGGCUGUGAUUUCUAAAACUGCCAAUCGCGGGGUCCGACGGGCCUCCGGUUUUAAUAAGCAAAUGCAAUCCUUUUUAUACAAAAUGUAAAAUCGUUUAAGCAUUCCUUGUGACAUAGACUGCAGUGGUAGUUCAGGACAUAUCCCACUAUCGUUGGCGUUUCUUUGUUUUAUUGUGAUAUUCGGUAGCCAUAAGUUCGUGGACCUUUUGUACAGUAAAGGUUUUGAUGUGUUCCGCGGCGGCACGGUCUCUCACUCUAGAACACGGCCGUUCCGCGACCCCCGCUUUUAUUAGUGUAGUCGCACUCUGUUUUGUGCUUCUGUUCGCCUCGGUGGUCGGAAGCGUUUUGUUUCUUUACCGCCUCCGGCCCGGCAGUUCCCGGUGGAUUUGUUUUUGUUUUGUACGCACGAGAUUCCUCGCAGAAACCGGAAGCAAUAAGACGAAGUAACUGGCCUACUGAUUGAACGAACUGUAGCAGCAGAUUGGGCAAGAGCCGCGCCGUCAUUUGUGCAGUAUAGACCCCAGUAGAACCUACACGACAUUUUAGAUUAUCUUUUUUAGAUAACCCAUCUCUCCACUUGCCCGUGUAUUUGUACCGGAUAGACUGUAUUUACAAGCCGGGUGAUCAAAUCACCCGUCUUGUCUCACAACGUUUUGCGCUAUAGACUUCACGUCAUCUUCAAUGCCGCUAAUGAAAUCAUGAUGAAAUCAUUUGAAAGAUCCGAAGAAAAUGAUAUUUUAAUCUUAGGCGUGGUUCAAAAUCACGUUUAAGAUACGGCAUAACGUUUUACCUAUUAACGCAGCGUUUUCGAAUUUUUUGCAUCCCAUAAAGAUUUAAGUUUUGACUGAACCUAUGAUGUUUUAAUUCUUUUGGCGCACAGCUUUUGUCAGAACUCUUGGUCUGUCAAAGUUUCGCCUGGUUGAAGGGAUUGUAGUGAGCGGGCGAGCUCUGUCCCACUGCUGUUGCAGACACCUAGCUGGUCAGAGGAAUCUCGUGGCAUACCACCGGGCAUAUGCCUGACCGACUUAUCUGUUAGUAUGUAGUGCUCACGAUGCCGUAACAUGCCCGAACCCCCACUAGUCGUCGCGAGAUAUGCCUCAUUAUAUGAACAAAGAUCAUAUUUUUUCCAGUAUUUGUUUACUUUUUUAUAUAAGAGAAAAAUAAUUAAUUAUUGAUAAUAUUAUAAAUGUUCUAUAUCUAUGUAAUAUUAGUGUUAAGCUACCCUCCUGUAAUAGUUAAAUUUUGUUUUCACUUUAAAGACUAUUUUGAGAUAAAACCACGGUGAUCUGUAUAUUUUUGUUGUAUUUCUUAUUUUAGGAAAAAUUUUAUUGUUAGAUUUAAGCGUUUUACAUAUUACUUUCUUAUAUAUAUUUUGUUUUCUAGUUUUGAUAAAUUGACAAAAAGUUUCUUAGAAUUUAUUUUUUUAUCUUAGUAGAUAUAUGUUGUUUGUAAGGGGUCCCCGAGACCCGUUUGCGACUCGAUAGGUUUAGUUGUGUUGUUGACAUUCUGUUCUAUUUUGUUGACUGCACUGCAGUGUUCUACCUAGAGGUCUAUAUUUGUUUCCCACCCACAAAUGCACAAUUCAAGUGGAGAGAAUUAGUAAUAAUAAAUAACUUAACGGUA